AUGAACAGCCAGUACUAUCCUCCCCCGCCAGCAGCGGCAGCAGCACCUGCCACUCAGAGAAGCUACCCACCGCCGCCCCAGUCGCCGCCAGCCACUCGCACCAACUUCUCGUACGGCGGUCUGCAGUCGCACCCGCUGUCGCCCCGGCAAGCCAACGCCUACCCGCCGCCGCCUGGCCAGACUGCUGCUGCCGGCUCACCCGCGCCGUCUCACAAAUCGCCGUACCCUCCUCCUCCCCAGCAGCAGCAAGCUUCGCCUUCCCAGGCAGCACCAGCACAGCAACGCUACCCACCGCCGCCUAAUCAGCAGCAGGCACAGCCCCAAACGCAGACGCCGCAGCCGCAGCAGCAGCAGAAGCAACAGGUGGUGCCCAUUCACGACCGCACGCCGUCCUUCUCGUCCCGCACCUCGUACUCCUCCUCGCAAGUGUCCCAGCCCCAGCAGCACCAGCAGGCGGUGGCCGCUUUCGCGCCACCGCCUACCUACGGUGACAGCGGCGGUAACAGUGCGACUGGUGCCGACUACCCGGCGGAGAAGGGCAAGUCGGGCGGUGCUGCUGUGAGCAAUAGCUUUGGCUACACCGGCAAGGCCGACGACGAGGAGGGCGACGACGGCGACGAGGACGACGAGUACGGCCGCCUGCACGACCAAGGCGGUGCCAUUGGCCAGAUCGCCGGCGCGCCGGCGCCGGGCAUGUUCACGGGGGUGACGGCCGUCGUCGACGAUGUCGGCACCUUCAACGGCGGCAGCUACCGCAUCAGCCACCGCGACAGCAACACGAUCCUGACCAUCCAGCUGGCCAUUGGCUGCCCGCUGACGGCCAAGCCGGGCGUCAUGAUUGGCAUGUCGCCGUCCAUCACGCUCAAGGGCGCCUUCAAGUUCAGCAUGAAGAAGCUCGUGGCGGGCGCCGAGAUCGGCACGUCCCUGUUCACGGGGCCCGGUGAGCUGCUGCUGGGCCCGCCCAUGCUCGGCGACAUUACGAGCAUCCGCCUGACGGGCGAGGGCGCGUGGUCCGUGGGCCACGACGGGUUCCUGGCGUGCACGCAGGGCGUGGUCAAGGAGUACAAGCGCCAGGGCAUCGGCAAGGCCAUGUUCUCGGGCGAGGGUCUCUGGGUGUACAAGAUCCGGGGCAUUGGUCUGCUGUGGAUCUCGAGCUUCGGCGCCAUCAUCAAGAAGGACCUCGUGGAGGGCGAAAAGUACAUUGUGGACAACGGGCACCUGGUGGCCUGGAACACAAAGUACGUGCUGGAGCGUGUGGCCUCGGGCGGCAUCAUUUCGGGCCUUGCGUCCGCCGAGGGCCUGGUGUGCAAGUUUACGGGGCCCGGCACGGUCUACAUCCAGACGCGGAAUGCGAAAGCAUUCAGUGCCUUCAUGUCCGGCCAGACGAUGCAGGUUGACCAACUCUCGGCAAACCAAGUAUCUACGGCCGACAACCACCCACCGACACCCGCAAUGAGAACCUCCAGCACCGGCGAGCGCAUCCCGGCUCUCGCACUGGUCCACACAGACAACUGCUCUGUUGCCGACACAUCGAUCGACGACCGAACGUUGCCGUCUGACAAGAAACCAGACAAGCGGCCGAGCCGCGAGAACUCCCCAGCCACGAAACACAAAGGACAGCCGAUCGACGGCGCUACCAUUGAGAACUGGCGUCCGCAUGUGUCGACUGUCACGGAGAAGUCGUCGAGCUCAGCGGACUCAAUGGCCGAGCAGCCACCCAAGGCCACAGAAAUCAAGGGCAAAUCCGACGCGAUACCAAAUGCAAGCGAUCUCGGUUCGCUCCGGAGGAGGCGCCCGGGAGCAACCUAUGGCGUGGAUGCAUUGCCCAGCCUCAAGGCUCGCGUGGUGACCGAGCGUGAUGUCUCAGACGUCUCCAGCGCCACAAAAGACAGAGACUCUUCCCUUCGAAGCGUAUCUAGCCUGCCCAAAUUUUUUGCUCCCGACUAUGGCAUCACCGACGACGACAAGUCUGCAACUCAGCUGAGUGAUGAUCCAACCGAAGAAGACCAACACUUGGACUUUUCUUUUACGUCGUUUUCGCGCCUGCCACUCUUCAAUAUCAUGCACGAUAUCCAAUCAUUACCACCGGUGCUGCAGGGGCUUGUUCGCAAGAACCUGACGCCCGAGGCCGGCGAGAAGGGCCGUACAGUGGCAGCGAUGAUUCUUGAAUUGUUCGCUGGCCACAAGAAAGUCGGGCCGUUUGAGUUUCCGUCACAAUCACGCCUGCCUCUCUAUGUCAACCUCCGACCAAAGGCCACUUCGUCGCCCAGACAAGACGCAGACGGUGACACAGACGACCUUGAAUAUGCAAAGGGCACAGACGAAGUGAGUAAGAAGGGUCAUGUGAUCGGCUCGAUCGACAGCGUCGGCCGGUAUGUCCGUCCCAAUGCAGACCCCCGUUUCCUGUUCUCUAUCACGCCCUUUACGAAGUCCGAGGUGCUGCGAGGCAAGACGUCCAAGGACGUUCUGUUUGGGAAGCUAGAGAAAACAUGGCGGAAACAGGAGCAUGCCGGAGUGGCGCAAGCGGCAGUGACGAAACGGUCGAGCAGGUCGACGUCAACAAACGGAACAACCGGCACGUGUGCCAGGGCCGGCAACCCGCACUGCGAGAGGACAAGCGCAUCAACACGCUCGACUCAGAGAGAUAGUUCGUCGACGACCACUGGUACCCAGACUGCGCCGUCUUCGAUAUGCAGCAGCGAAAGUGGCCCCAAUGCGCCUUACCGUGCUCCGCCCCCAAGUCGAGCCGAACCGUCUGUCGACGGGAACAAGAGGCUAGCCGGUGAUCGGCAUCGCUUUGAUACCCUUGUCAACCGUCUGCAGCAGAAGCUGUCUGAGCAAUCACAACAGUCGGGAGAUGAUGUUAAGGACGCAAACUCAAACGUCCAUCCCCAGGUGCAACCGCAGGCACAGCAAUUGCCAUCUGUGCAGUCAGCUCAACCGGCGCAGCCAGCUCAACAGCUUCGCCACAUGCAGCUUCACCAGGUGCAGCAGAUGCAGCAGAUGCAACAGAUGCAACAGAUGCAACAGAUGCACGAGAUGCACCAGCAGCAUAUGCAAAAAAUUCAUCAAACGCAACAGGAUCAGCAGCAUUAUCAGCAAGGGCAGCCAGGAUCAGCCAUGCAGGCCAUCCAGUCCAUGCAACCCUUACACCUGUAUGGACAAUACUAUCCCAACACGCUGGUGGCUCCCACGUGGGCCAUGCCGUUGAUGAAUACCAAAAUGUGA